UAACCUUGUACAAAAGUGAUGGAAAGCUUCUUCAAUAUCAAAGUCAUCAGUUACCAACUCCAUCUUGAAGCCUCCUUCUUCCCUUGAAUCUUAUUAGUCUACGUUCCCUAUUACUAGUCAUGCAUCCAAUAAGAUGAAACUUCCUAGUUCCUCCUCCAAUGUCUUAAAAACUCAAGCACAUGCAGCAAUUCAAACAAAAACCAGAUCAGCUAUUCAAACCCACAACCCACGUGCAUUAUUAACGAAAAUGAAUCGCAUUCAUUCCCCUUGGUAUAACCAUCCCUUCACGAAAUCUCAAUCACUAGCACUAUAUAUAUACAUACACAAACACACAGUUUUAUCACAAACCAUUAAUUGUCAUCAUGUCUACAAUUCCAAGUCUCACCAUUCCCAUAUCCUCUCCUUCCUCCUUUGCAUGCUCCUUCAUCAACAAAACCACUCCUUCCCUUUCCAUUCCUCGCCGCAAUCGCCGUGGCCAUUCUAAAUCAUCAUCAUCAAGAACAACAACAUGUAACAUGAACCAAGAAAACAAUUACAAACUAGACCGCCGUGACGUCCUCAUCGGUCUCGGCGGUCUAUAUGGGACUACAGCAGGUCUAAUCCUCACCGGCAACGCCUCCGGUGCUCCCAUUCAAGCUGCAGAUCCAACCAAAUGCGGCCCUGCUGAUCUCCCCGCCGGCGCCACUCCUACUGACUGCUGUCCACCAGCUGAAAAAGUCAUCGACUUUGUUCUUCCUCCUUCCUCCGACCCUCUCCGUGUUCGCCGUGCCGCUCACCUUGUCGACAAAGACUACAUCGCCAAAUACACCAAAGCUGUGGAGCUUAUGAAGGCUCUUCCCGCCGAUGAUCCCCGGAACUUCACUCAACAAGCUAACAUCCACUGCGCCUACUGCAACGGCUCCUUCGACCAAAUUGGAUUCCCUAAUGUCGAAAUCCAAGUCCAUGAUUCAUGGGUCUUCUUUCCUUGGCAUCGGUUCUACCUUUACUUCCAUGAGAAAAUCCUCGGCAAGCUCAUCGGCGAUGAGUCCUUCGCACUGCCUUUCUGGAACUGGGACUCACCGGCCGGUUAUCAAAUUCCGGCCAUGUAUACCAACACAAAAUCUAGUCUUUAUGAUAAACUCCGAGACGCCAAGCAUCAACCACCAGCCCUCGUCGACCUUAACUUCAACGGCACAGAUCUUGAUCUCACCCAAGAACAACGCACCAAACGCAACCUUGCUCUCAUGUACCGUCAAGUUGUUACAGGUGGUAAAACCGCCGAGCUAUUCAUGGGCUCGCCGUACCGCGCCGGUGACGCUCCGGCUCCCGGAGCUGGUACGCUGGAGAACGCACCACAUGGCACUGUUCACGUCUGGACUGGAGAUAGAACUCAACCGAAUACAGAGGACAUGGGAACGUUGUACUCAUCUGCAAGAGAUCCAAUCUUUUAUGCUCAUCACUCUAACGUAGACCGCAUGUGGAAUGUCUGGAAGAGUUUGGGAGGUAAACGUAAGGAUUUCACUGAUAGUGAUUGGCUUAACACUUCAUUCUUGUUUUACAAUGAGAAUGCUGAGCUUGUGAAAGUGAAGAUCAAGGACACACUUGAUCCAUCUAAGCUGAGAUUCACUUACCAAGACGUUGAAGUGCCAUGGUUGAAGGCUCGUCCAACGCCGGCUGUGGCGACGAAGGAGAAGGCGACAGUCAAGUCUAGAGCUUUGAAGGUUUUCAAAGGCCCGCCGACGUUCCCGGUGACGCUGGACUCGCCGGUGAGUGUGACAGUGAAGAGACCGAAGCCAGGGAGGAGUCAGAAGGAGAAGGAGGAUGAAGAGGAAGUGUUGGUUGUGGAGGGACUUGAGUUUGAUCGUGAUUUAUAUGUUAAGUUUGAUGUGUAUGUGAACACGCCGGAAGAGGAAGGAGUGGCCCCGGGAUCUAGUGAGUUCGCCGGAAGCUUUGUGAACGUGCCGAGAAAACAUCAGCCAAGUAAGGGACCAAAGACAUUGAAGACUAACUUCAAGAUUGGGAUCACUGAUUUGCUUGAGGAGUUGGAAUGUGAAGGUGAUGAGAGUGUGGUUGUGACUUUGGUGGCUAAGAGUGCAAAAGGGAAGAUCAAGGUUGGUGGUGUUAAGAUUGUGUUUUCUUCUUGAAGACAAUGUGAGAGUGAUCUUUGUUUCUCUGGCUGCUGCUAGUGCUGGUGCUGGUGCUGAUGCUGGUGUUCUUAAUUAUGGCUUGUUAUUGUGUUUUUAUAUAUAAUAAUAAUAAUAAUAAUAGUAAUUAAGGGUUGGAUAAGAGUGAAUAAAAGGUGUGGUGGUGGAGAAGCAAGUGUGUCUGUGUAUGGAUAGAGUUCGUUUCUACUUUGGGUUUGUGGCUGUUCUGGAUUUUUGUUGACUUGUUGUAAGUCGUCUCGCUGAAUAAAUAGAAUAAACGGGUUAUAUAUAUAUA